AUGGCGGCGCGCCGCCUGGUUCUGAACGGCCUGACGGCGGAGGUGGGCGCGCUGCCGGCCGCCCACCCCGACCUCGACAAGAAGGACGGCUCCCCGGACUCCAUGGAGUUCUACCACGAGCUGGAACUGUACCGCCAGCUGCUGGCCCUGCCGCCCCCCGCGCCGCAGCCGGAGCCGUCACCCCCGCGCUCACCUGUGCUGGCCAGGAGAGCCAAGACACCGGAUCCGCAGCCUGCGGUCAAGGAUCAUGCUGGUUGUCUGCGUCAUGUGCUGGUGCUCGUGGUCUCUCACCGCUGGUUUCCGACCUCCACAGAGCCCUCGCCGCGCCGCAGCCGCACCCCGGGCGCGCGCCGCCCCGCACCCGCCGCGGCGGACCAGCCGGCGGCGAGGCCAGCUAAGUACCUGGGUUCGUUUGCGGUGGACGAGGGCGAGGCGGCGGCGCGGGCGGACUGCGUUUCCGAACGGAUACAGAUGAUGAAGGAGUCCGCUGAGCCGACCCCAGUGCUGGUGGUAGUGUCGCCCGCCGGGGUCAGGGUAUGCGACCCCACGGACCAGAGGGUGCGCAUGACGCAUGCGCUGCGGCGGAUCUCGUACGCCACGUGUGAGGCGUCGCGCGCGCUCUUCGCUUUCGUUGCGCGCGCGCCGCAUCCCACCCCUGACACCUACUGCUACGCGUUUGAAACUGAGACGCCUGAACAGGCGGAGGAACUGAACUCUCUGGUGGGAGAUGCGUUCCGAAUGGCCUUUGCGUCGCAGUUGCAGCCCUCCGCUCCGCUCUGGAGUAAGGAGCUAGGCGAUUGCGGCAUGGGCUUGCGAGCGCCGGACUCCUUGCCUGGUCUCACGCACCAUUACCCCCACUGCGGCGAAAGAUCCCCAUCGAAAUGCAACAUAAUGGGCGUGCAGAAGCUUGUGAACGAGGUCAGCCCCAGCAGCUCCGAGGAGUCGAAUUCCCCGACGGAGAUCAACUGCUACAGGAGAUUGGGGGAUCGGCCUCCGUUGAUGAAGAGAAUCGCCAUGGGAUUUAGUGGAGCGCUGCUGCAGCCGUCAGACGAUGAUUCUACACCGCUCGUUGCGGAUACACCCACUACGCCCACAAACAUGCCCCUGUGUCUCAACGGGGGCUACAUCAACGAGGCGUCUGAAGCCGAGGCCAGGACCAGGGAGAGCAACCGGGACCCUCCCGUCGCGUUGCCCAGGAGAAAUGACAGUUUGCACAAUGAGCUAGAUGCAGACUUCAGGAGAUGCACCAAUAUCAAAAUGAACAACCCUUCAGGCCCGUGCAGCCGCACUACUUCGUCAUCAUCAGGAGCAUCCUCAUGCGGCGGCGGCGGCUCACACGCGUCUGGGAACAAUAACGUGCCUCGAGCAGAACCUGAGUUGAGGCACGCGCCGUGGUUUCAGCAGGGCAUCCCUAGAGAGAUUGCAUUAGAGGUGUUAAGUAGUCAAGCAGUGGGAGCGUUUCUCGUGCGAGGCAGCACCACCCAGGCGGGUUGCUACGCAUUAUCUGUACGGGUUCCCAGGGACUUUCAGCCUUCCGGCAUCGCGCACUAUCUUAUACUGCGAACACCUAAAGGUUACAAAAUUAAGGGCUUCACAAAAGAGUUCACAUCGCUGUCGGCACUAGUGACCCACCACAGCGUGAUGCCGGAGCUGCUGCCGGUGCCGCUGCGGCUGGCGCGCGCGCCGCCCGCGCGGGCCGCGCACCGCCGCGAGCACGCCGACAUCGACGCGGUGGCGCCGCACGCGCACCCCCACCACGCCCCGCUCCCGCACCACUCCCCGCGCCACGCCAGCACCACGCCCCACCCCCACCCGCACCAUCACUUGCAGAACUUCCUCGCGCAACUUGAUGUGUAGACGUGUUUGUGUACUGUACAGUGAAUAUGUGGAUAUCAUAAACUUUAACGUUAACGUUUUAAAACUUUUAGUGAGUGUAAUUAAUGGAAUGUAAAAAUUUAUUUGCCUUUGACAAUGUUUUAAGGCUUCUGGUACGCGAACAAUAUGAACAAGACACUUGUAAUUAUAACUAAUUGUUGUGUUAUGUCAUGUCUAUCUUUUCUGAAUAUGAUUUGAGAUACACUCCCUUCUUACACACGCGCCUUUUAUAAAUGUUAUGAUCACAGCUCUAUAUUUACAGAAAACUUGACCUUAUGUGUGGCAAGAAAUCAAUCGAUAUAAUUGUCAAACUUUAUAAUUGUUUUAUAAUUAUCAUAAAGCGGAAUUCGGAAAAAUGUUUAACCCAGAAAUAAAGUACCUAAUAUAGUUUAACAAAAAUAGUUUAACCACAAUGAAAAUAUAAUGGCAAUGUUUAAAUGUGUAUUCUAGGCAAAUGCUGAUAAGAUAUGUAUAAUGAAAAUUUGUUUUAAAGAUAAUGCAAUAACAGCAAAGUUUUCAAAUUGCGGGUAUAUUGUUCACGAAACAAAUAUUCUCAAUUUAUCGGAUAUAAUCACAAAAAGUUAUUUUCUAGUGUUGAAAUAUAUUUAAAUAAUAUCGAAAACAUUUAAGCGUUUUUUAUGAAAGUCAUUAAAUUAUUGUGCGUUUUCUAGUUACUAGUUUCAAUAUAUUAUAAUAAAUUGUGAUAUCAUCAUAGAACGUGUAAAUGUAUGUAAUAUAUAGAAUGUUUAUGGAUUGUGUAAGUGUAAAAAUUUGUCGUAUAAUGAUUAGGGUGCGUUCAAUAUGGAGGGCAGUCGGGCUGAACUCAUGGUCGAAGGUGUGAGAACCCUUACCUUUACGGUCAACAAUAAUAAUAUGUAUCAUAAAUGAAUCAAAUAUGUACUAUUGAUAAACGGUUUUAUGUAAAACAAAGAUUACCGCAAAUAAUAAAGGAAAGGUGGAUUAAAGUAAAGAAAAAAAAUAGAACAAAGAAAAGAGAUGAAUGGAGGACGCUCCAUUUAACUGACAAGAGUUAGCUCUUAAAUUUAAGAAGAAGAAUUAAUGUAUACCUAAAUAUUGGAAUAACUACUUACACGUAAAGAGUACCUACGUAUUGUGACUUUUGCUUGUCUUCAGUUCAGAAGUUUAGAAGAUCAUAAGAUAAAUUAUUAAUUUUAGUAUCACGGUGGCCAUACAAUCAUGUUGUCCCCGACUGCUUUUUGUAUGAAAUGAUAACAGAAGGAAAUGCGCGAGUGAAAUUAUUUAAGUUACUUUGCGCUGUAAUAUUAUUGUGUAGGUAUUUUCUAGUCUUGUAAACGUGUACAGUUGUUGAAGAUAAGAUAAUGUUUGUGAAGCAAAUAUCGCCGUCGGCUGAAACUGAAAUAUUAAACAGAAACUGUUAUGAAACAAAAAUAAUUAAAUUUUUUUGUAUUUAUGUAUAUGACUAAACUAAUAUUGUAUUCAAAUCAUAUAGUUUUUGGGUUUAUUUUGCUUCAAAAUUAACAUUUAUCUUAGUAAAUGACAAUAUUAUCUAUAAAAUAUAUACCUGUACAUAAAAUAGUGUCUGUUAAAAAAGUACUGUUUUCAGCCGGCGGCGAUGCAAAUGACGGAUAUUGUAAAAGUAAUCGAGUUGCCUUUUAGCGAGUACCUACACAGCCCACGUCACUAGGGAUCUGAUGAGAAAACAUUACACUAAUAUAAUACAUACAUACAUACAUAUCAACACGUCUAUAUCCCUUACGGGGUAGACAGAGCCAACAGUCUUGAAAAGACUGAAAGGCCACGUUCAGCUAUUUAGCUUAAUGAUAGAAUUGAGAUUCAAAUAGUGACAGGUUGCUAGCCUGUCGCCUAAAAAAGAAUCCCAAGUUUGUAAGCAUAUCCCUUAUUCGCCUUUUACGACAUCCAUGGGAAAGAGAUGGAGUGGUCCUAUUCUUUUUUUUAUUGGUGCCGGGAACCACACGGCACUAAUAUAAUACAUAUCCUAUAAUUCACAUUGGGGAUCCUUUUUUUACGCGACGGGCUAGCAACCUGUCACUAUUUGUAUUUCUCAAUUCUCAAUUUUAUCAUUAAGCCAAAUAGCUGAACGUGGUUCAUCAGUAUUUUCAAGACUGUUUGCUCUGUCUACCCCGCAAGCUUUAUAGACGUAGCUUUAUGUAUGUGUGUCCUAUAAAAAUUUGAUAUUUGAUAGUGAAAUUUCGAAUGUGAAAAACAAUUUAAUUAAUCAUUUAUUUCUUUGGCAAACACAAAGAGUAUACAGUUGUUAUUUGAUUACAGAGUGCGCUUUUUAUAUUUAUGUCUCAAACAUAGAGGGCGCUAUUUGAAAGUGUUUUUUAUUAAAUGUUUUCUCAUUGCCCUGUGGACGAUGUUUGACACUGCCUUAGCACGAUGUUGUAUAAAGUGAUAAAUAAGUUAUAUCGGUACGAGUAGUAUAGUCUGUUGAUGUUUUGAAUUAAAUGUAGGCUCUUUAAAGUUGGAUGCUUGAUUUUACUAUUUUUUGUCCUGGUAAUUGUAAAAGAUACAAAUAUUAUGGUAUAUUUGGAUAUUGCGAUACAUUUGAAAGAUUGAUUUUAUAAAAAUAUAUAUAAAUAUCUAAAUUUUAUAAUACGCAAUAUAAAAGUCAGACCAGACAUACUAUUUCUGCUCUGAUUUGAAUUAUUCUGUUAAAAUAGUUUCAAAAAUUUUGCUCAUGCAUUUGUGCGUGAGUUAAUUUCAAAUAAAAAUAUUUAAGUUCAGGAUGUCUGUAAUUACUGUAACUGCUUUCCUUUUAUAAGCACGACUAUAAAAAGACAAUAGUAUGUAACACAUCAUAAUAAGCAUAAGUAAUUAUCGAAAUAUAAUGAAGUAAUUUAUGUACACUGCAAUCAUAAAAGUUCAUACAGCACCAUUACACUGGUACUGAUACCUAAUUUGAUAAGACACUCUUUUGUUUUUUAAGAUAUUAUUUUAAAACGAAAUAGUUUGCGCUUUCUUUGACAUUUGAAAUUUUGCUUGGCAGUAGUAAAAUAAAGUAUGCACAAUACAAUAUAAACAUAGUAUUUCCAAUUAUUUUAUCAAUAUCUCGUUAUUGGUAUAGCAUCUUUCUCGAAACUUAUUUUGCAAAAUAUUUGGGUGUCUUGAUUAAUUAGGUAUGCCUUGCCUAAGACUGCAUUACUAUAGAAGCGAAUCAUUGAGAAUUAAUAAAGAAUCCGACCAAUCGCGUCGAGGUCUCAAAAAAUAGAACAUUACGAUUGGUUGAUUUUUUGCACUCCACACCGCUCCGUUGCCUUCGAUACGCACUCUGAGUAGUAAUGUUUGUCUACUCUAACGCCCAUCGAACUAAUUUAUUUACC